AUGGAAGGAGACACAAAACUGAUAGUGUUUCUCGACAGAGAGGAGACGAACGGAUACCGUUGGGUCUUCCGAGCAGAGACAUUGGAAGCGACGUUCGUACCGUUGCUAUCAUUUAUUCUUCAAACAUCCAUCAUUGAUGAUUUCAGCAUUUUUCAUCAUGCAGGCUGCCCGAUAAAAUGUCUGGAAUCUCUCGAAUCCACGACUCCUUACCAAAUCAACACACUUCGCGGCUAUGUACCCCUAUGUCUUAUCGAAAAAUGCGCCAGAAAUGCGGUGAAAAAAUUCGGGAUAUCAAGAAUGGAAUUCAAAAAACGUCUUGUCCCUAGACUUCUCACGUUUCCAGCGUUAGAAUCAACUAAAGACUGGGAUCUCCAUCUCGAUCGGUGUCCGGAUUUAGGAGUGGGUUUUGCUCGGAAAUUUAUGGAUAUCGAUGUGAACAUUCGUAGCUCACUGAAUUUCGGAACCGUGUCUAACGAGACGAUCGACGAUUUCGUUGAAAGAAUGGGCGAUUUGAGAAUUGUCGACAGAACCGACGCCUUGGUACGAUUUGAGACAAAUAACCCGGAGAAGCAUGUGAUAAUGAUGAAAUUCGACAAAAGACAGUAUAGUCACGAACACCGUUUUGUGAUGGUUGUGGUGUCGGCGGAUAUUGAAGCAUCUCAGUACGAUAAUUAUCUGUUUGGAUGA